UCUAUAAACCUCAUCCGUCAGCAGUAGGUGGAGUCAGAAAGGCGUGACACCAACACGUCAGCUCCUUCAGCUUUGCGUGGGAAGGACGUUGCUCAAGGGCAGCAUAGUGAUGACGGUGUGGAAAGUCUUCUGCUGGUUUCUCUAAUGCUGCUUCAAUCCAAACAAGACUGCUGAGCUAAAGUCAACAGAACGGGUUGAACUGCUUGAACUUGCACUGAUAAUAAGGAGCUCCAUAAAUGUGACCUGACGGUUUCCAUUUCAGCCCUCUGGCUUCCAGGAGGCUUUUCUUCUCCUCCACUGACUGCGUCUCCUCCCAGGAGACCUGAGGGUUUGGAGGAGACGCGAGCCGCUGGCUGUCAUCAGUGAGAACAGAGAACAGCCGCCAUCAUGCUUGGCCGGGGCGCUCAUGGACGUCCGACAUUGCCGCCGGCGUUGGUCUUUGCUGUGGUCGUCUUACUGUCUUGCAUUGGGCGGAUGACGGGUCAGGGGGAGGGCGAAGCACAGUCGGCUGCUCAGGUUCUGCAGGACCUGCUGGCCCGUUACGGGGACAACAGCACCAUCACGGUGCCUCAGCUGCGCUCUCUGCUCGCCAUCCUCAGCCAGGGUCACGGCGAUGGCAACGGCAGCGACGUGGCUGAGAGCACGCCCGCUGCCCCCCCCAGAACCAACAGCUCAAAGUGCCUGCCUGCAGACACGCUGGCGCUCUACAGCAUCAGCGAGCGCUCCCGGCUGGACGGACGCGGUUUGCAGAAGCUCUGCCCCACCAUGCUGCAGCAGCUGUCUGCUGGGAGCUGCAGGGCGGAGCCAGAGGCGGGGCUGAGCACUGACUCCGCCUCCAGGCCAACAGACGCAGAAGUGUGGGGUUAUGGGAUCCUGUGCGUGACGCUGAUCUCGCUGUGCUCGCUGAUCGGAGCCAGCGUGGUGCCCUUCAUGAGGAAAACCUUUUACAAGCGGCUGCUGCUUUACUUCAUAGCCCUGGCCAUUGGCACGCUCUACUCCAACGCCCUGUUUCAGCUCAUCCCAGAGGCCUUUGGGUUUGACCCCUUGGUGGACUUCUACGUGUCCAAGUCUGCUGUGGUGUUUGGAGGCUUCUACUUGUUCUUCUUCACCGAAAAAGUCCUGAAGGUUCUUCUCAAGCAGAAACGAGGGAGCCACGCCCACUUCUCUGCUCCGGACCAUUACUCCGCCCCCGACGGCGACGCGGAGAAGCUGCAGCAGAACGGGGAAGCCGGCGCUUUGGCUCGAGACAAAGUGGACUCUGGGGAGGGGGAGCUGAUGCUCAGCCCCCCGCAGACGCUGCAGGACCCGCAGAGUCCAGACACCAGGGGGCGCUCCAGCAGCCACGGGGGCUGCUACUGGCUGAAGAGGACGGCCUACUCGGACAUCGGGACGCUGGCCUGGAUGAUCACGCUGAGCGACGGCCUGCACAACUUCAUCGAUGGGCUGGCCAUCGGCGCCUCCUUCACGGCGUCCGUCUUCCAGGGCGUCAGCACCUCCGUGGCCAUCCUGUGUGAGGAGUUCCCUCACGAGCUGGGAGACUUCGUGAUCCUGCUGAACGCCGGCAUGAGCAUCCAGCAGGCGCUCUUCUUCAACUUCCUGUCCGCCUGCUGCUGCUACCUGGGAAUGGGCUUCGGGAUUCUGGCCGGGAACAGCUUCUCCCCCAACUGGAUCUUCGCCCUGGCGGGGGGGAUGUUCCUGUACAUCGCGCUGGCAGACAUGUUCCCAGAGAUGAACGAAGUGAGUCGGGAGGAGGAGGACGCCGGCGGGAAGCGCUUCCUCAUCACCUUCGCCAUCCAGAACGCCGGCCUCCUGACGGGCUUCUCCAUCAUGCUUCUCCUCACCAUGUACUCGGGACACAUCCAGCUGGGGUAGCCCGGACCGCCCGCUGCCCCAGAACCGGUCCAGCUGGGGUAGCCCGGACCGCCCGCGGCCCCAGAACCGGUCCAGCUGGGGUGGCCCCGGACCGCCCGCUGCCCCAGAACCGGUCCAGCUGGGGUAGCCCGGACCGCCCGCUGCCCCAGAACCGGUCCAGCUGGGGUGGCCUGGACCGCCCGCUGCCCCAGAACCGGUCCAGCUGGGGUAGCCCGGACCGCCCGCUGCCCCAGAACCGGUCCAGCUGGGGUAGCCCGGACCGCCCGCGGCCCCAGAACCGGUCCAGCUGGGGUGGCCCGGACCGCCCGCUGCCCCAGAACCGGUCCAGCUGGGGUGGCCCCGGACCGCCCGCUGCCCCAGAACCGGUCCAGCUGGGGUGGCCCCGGACCGCCCGCUGCCCCAGAACCGGUCCAGCUGGGGUGGCCCGGACCGCCCGCGGCCCCAGAACCGGUCCAGCUGGGGUGGCCCGGACCGCCCGCGGUCCCAGAACCGGUCCGGGGUUUCUGCUCCUGAUGCCUCCCGCCUCGCUCCCAUUCCUGACCCGACCUUAAACUCAUACUGUUUAUUUUCUACUUUGAGGACCGUGAAGCGGCGUUUGGACCCCAGAGCGGCGAAGGGCUUACCGUGGGGGCGGGGCUGGCUGUGGAUCAUGCGCCUCCCACCACAGCAUUUGUCACAGCGUCUUCAUCCAUGCAGCAUCAGGUCAGGUUUGUGGUGACGCCCGCUGACCUUCGGAUGUGACCCAGAGAAACGAAAACAGUCCAGAACGUCUCCAUGGUAACAGAACGUUUAGGUCACAGCUGCCAGAUGCAAACUCUGAGAGGUCACAAAAUGCUGAGUCUGCUCCUCUUCACAAAGACACACAGCUGGAUGAAGGGCGCCACCCGGAGGUAAGCUGUGGAAUCACAGGCUCCUCCAGGAGCCGGACCGAGCUGCACACCUGAGUCCAGUUCUCCAUAGCAACCCAGACCCACGUUUUCAACACGCUAACAUCACGUGAAAACGACAAAAAUCCCUCUCAUGUUUAUUAUUCUAAAGUAUUUCUGACUUUCAACAGUGAAACUAGGAUUCUUAGAAAAACUUUGGAGGAAUCCUGAGUGUCAGAACGGCAGUUUCCUGAUUCCAUGGAGGGUUUGCAGCUCAUUUUGAGGAACUGUCAAAGGAAAAUGUACCUCAGAAUAAAAAACUGUUGCCAUGGAGACGAUUCAAAAGACAUAAGAACCUUCAGUCCUUCAUGUCCACAAUCAUCAUUUCCCACCACAUCCAUUUGCCCCGCCCACUGAUGUUAGUGGAUGUCAGUUUGAUGAGAUGAGCUCCUUUCUUUAGGCCUCACUGGCUGUAGCACAGUGAUAGAGGGAGCAUCAUGGUCUGGGCUGCUUCAGGGUGUAAAGUUCAGAACAAGCAGCGUUUCUACCAAGCAUAUGUGCUGCUCUGUGGAUAAACGGAGACCAAACCUAGAUGUGGACACGGAGGUUAAGGUUGGAGGUUUUCCACUCAAACCUGUUCAAACUUAACCUAAAGCUACAGAGAAAGCCCGCAUGGGGGCCGCAUGGGGGCCCCAUGGGGCCCACGACCGCAGGCAACCCACAUCCAGCCCAUGUGGCGCAUCAGAAACAGCUUGGGUGUUUUGAUCAUGUGACCUGUGUCAGCCUCACCCUCCGUCUCCUUUAAUGCAAACAUGAACAGCACAAGUUCUCAACAUUCAUCUUCAUCCCGGUCCCGACGUUCCCCGUUGGAGCUGAGAAUUCCAGACCAAAGCUUGAACUGCACACAGCGUUCCGUGAUUAUUUAUUGUUUUGAAGCAAUGAAAUAUAUUGAUUUGGGGUUUCAUGCUUCUUUGUAAUGACAGAUAAACACAUCAGCUGUUCUGUUGUCAGCUUUAGAUAAACUAGAAGGUCAUUGAAGAACAAGGCUGUAAUUUCAACAAAUAUUCUUGGAAAAAAGUCGUCCUAAGGUGUUUUUUUCCAGAUCUCUAUCCUGUUCUGGUUGUUUAUCAUCUCCAGUGAAUCAUGGAAAACUUUUUUAAAACUUACCUUUUUCCAGAU